AUGAGAACACUGACCUACUCCUCAACGCAUUGUGGCUAUCUCCACUGCCAUCGAUCCCAUCAUCAACGACCCACGACCAUUAGAAGAGCACAUACAUCAUCGCCUCUCAAACUAGACCAUUCCGUGAUUAUAGAAGAGGAGACCCUUCCCGGUUACAAUCCUUCCCAUUACUAUGCCGUUCGCAUCGGCGACCUACUCCGAGACCGCUACCACAUUAUCGGCAAGCUGGGCUACGGCUCAACAUCAACCGUCUGGCUCUGUCGUGACCUCAAAUCACAAGGCUCGUCUGUUUACGUCGCCCUCAAGAUUCACACCAACAACAACUCCAAGAGCCAUCGAGAACUACCAGUUUACAAAUACAUCAACAAUCUCAAAGAAUCUUCGCACGAAGGCCGCAAGUACGUACGUGCACUGCGCGAUCACUUCGAACUGGAAGGACCUCACGGAAAUCACAUUUGUCUCGUCCACGAAACAGCUGGAUUGAACCUCGAAGAAUUACGAGAUCUAUUGCCUAAUCAGACUUUCGAACCGGAUUUACUUCGUCAGAGUCUUCGCAGUAUCCUUCGCGGGUUACAUUUUCUCCACUCUGAGGUGGGAGUGAUUCACACGGACAUUCAACCUAAGAAUAUUCUCCUCGGUGUCCUCGAUAAUUCUGCUUUCGAAAGGUUUGAACGCGAUGAGAAAGAAGCGCCUUUUCCGCAGAAAGAAUUGCCUUGUGGUCGAAUCGUCUACGUCUCGCAUCCCAUGCCGCUGACUAAAGGACCUCCGCUACUAUGCGACUUGAGUGAAGCAAGAUUCGCAACAUCAGAGCAUCAGUCAAACAAAGAUCUCAUCAUGCCAGAUCUAUACAGAGCUCCAGAGGUCAUACUAGGAAUGCCGUGGAGUUAUGAAGUGGACAUAUGGGGCUUUGGGAUGAUGCUCUGGGACCUCCUCGAACCCACACGACUUUUCGCUGCAAAAGGACCUGAUGGAAGAUACUCUGAAGCCCAUCACCUCGCACAAAUGAUUGCCAUGAUGGGUCCGCCGCCUACAGGUUUCUUGGAGCGCUCAGACCAUAGUGCAAUGUACUUUGAUCAGAAAGGCCACUGGAAAGGCGGCAUCGAGAUCCCCGAAGACAUGACUUUGGAGGCUGCAGAACAGAGACUGCAAGGUGAAGAGAAAGCACAAUUCCUGAAUUUGAUGAGAAAGACGCUGCAGUGGAGACCGGAGGAUCGAUGUAGUAUUGAGGAUAUCUACCUAGAUGAGUGGAUGAUGGCUGAUCUGAUCACUUCGGGAGAAAUCGUUUCCACAUGCUCCUCCUUCCCGUCUUCAUCUCCUCGUCUGCGAUUCCGUCCCGGUCCAGUCUGUGAUGCAUUGUGA